AUGGUGAUGAUAUUCAUUAUCUUUGCCAUCACCUUCACAUAUUGUUUUUUAGGAAAUGUUGUUUCAAUUUCUAAUGGCAAUGAGAUUUUUGUUCGAGAUGAGAUAUAUGCCAAUUCUUUACCUUACGAAGCCAUCUUUAAUUUUGGUGAUUCUAUAAGUGACACCGGAAAUGCUGCUGCAUUCAGUAACAAAACUAUGCCUGACAAUAGUCCUUAUGGCUCAACUUACUUCAAACAUCCAUCUGGACGUUUAUCGAAUGGACGACUGAUCAUAGAUUUUAUAGCUGAGGCAUAUGGAUUACCAUUUUUGCCGGCAUAUAUGAAUGUCAACAAUAGCCAAGAAGACAUGAAGAAAGGAGUAAAUUUUGCAUUUUCAGGUGCUAGUGCACUUAAAAAGAUUUAUUUCGCUCGUCGUGGAAUCAUAGAACCACAAACAGAUCAUUCAUUGAGUGUGCAAUUUGAGUGGUUUAAGAAACUAAAGCCAUUCAUGUGUAAAAGCAAAAAAGAAUGCACUAGCUACUUCAAAAAAUCAUUGUUUAUAGUGGGAGAGAUUGGUGGGAAUGAUGUUCUACAGUAUAUCUCAUCUAAAAAGUUUAAAAAAAUAAGAAAAGUUGUUCCCUAUUUGGUUGAAUCUAUUACACAUACCACCAUCUCAUUAAUCAAAGAAGGAGCCGUGGAGCUAGUGAUUCCUGGAAACUUUCCAAUUGGGUGUAAUGCUGGAGUGUUGACAAAUGUGAUUAGUACGAAGAAAGAAGACUAUGAUGAACUUGGGUGCCUGAUAGCUUACAAUGCUUUCGCCGAAUACUACAAUGAACAACUUAAAAAUUCUAUAGAGACAUUAAGACAUAAAUACCCUCAAGCUAAGAUAAUAUAUUUUGACUACUACAACAAUCUCAAACGUUUAUAUCAAACACCACAACAAUAUGGUUUUAUUUCUGAUAAGGAAGAGAUUUUGAAAGCAUGUUGUGGAGGAAGUGGACCAUACCAUGUUAAUCUUGAAAUAUUUUGUGGAACGGGUAGCUCAACAGUUUGCCCCGACCCUUCAAAAUAUAUAAAUUGGGAUGGCUCACACUUAACUGAAGCAUCAUAUAAGUUAAUAGCAAAGGGACUAGUUGAAGGCCCUUUUGCAAAUCCUUCCCUUAAAACUCCUCUUUUCAAUAUAGCUUAGAAUUGGUGAAGAAAAAAGUUGCACUUCAUACAUCAUUUUACCAAAAGUGGUUGGAUAUAGUACAAUGGGCUAGUUCCUACAACAUGGAAAUCAAUGUUCGAAUCUAGA